AUGGCUACAGAAAAGUGGUUCCUAAUUAUAGCAGUGAUAAUGGCGGUGACGCAACAGAUACAUACUGCUUGUGUUUGUAAUGCAAAGGGAACAGACGCCUGUGCGGCAUGUUCUGAAAUACGUGUUGUAAGACCUAAACCAAAAUUUGGCAAAAAACCCGAUAUCGCACUACCACCCAUUGGAGAUAAUUGUUGGUGCAGCAAAACAAUGAUACAGCCAGCUUCAUUGCCAAAACCCUGUCCCAAAUUGAAAAAACCACCACCACCCUGUGCUUGCCAACCAGCAAAGCCUUAUAGUGCUUUACCUUCGAUAUUUAAUUCCCCUUAUGUAAUGCCACAAAUGAAUUACGUGCCAGCUUUACUCAAAGAUGAUUCCCUGCCCGCCGAUCCCAUCAGUAUUAGUCUAGCCAUUCAAGCUGGCAAAGCCAUUCAAGUACCCGAAGCCAAGUUGGCUUACGGUUUUGUACAAAAACCCCUUGAUGAUCUGCCCAAAAUUUUUGUCUCUUCCAUUAAAGAGGAAAAUUUGUACGCCCUGAAAAGUGAUGUGAUCACUUUGAAAAAACCCUUGCCACCCAAACCACUAGAAGAAGACUACCCAGAACCAGAAGAUGAAGAACCAGCGCCCGAGGAAGCUGAACCACCCAGUUUAACCUAUAAACAAUUGGGUUAUGUGGCAGAUCAAUUUAAAAAUCCACUAUUUCAAGAAGUGCCUAAUCUACCUUUACCGCCUCCCGGUGCUCCUGCUGCUCUACCGUGUAAACUUCCUGUGGAUUGUGGUUUCAGGCCGGGACGUAUUGGCAAAUAUUGUUUGUAG